GCACAGUCAGAGGCAGCCCUCAGACAAUGGCAGCAGCUGUAACUAAGCCCUGAUGGAGGCGGCUCCUCUGCUUCUGCCUCAGCGGAGUGUUGGGGCCAAAGGCUCCCUGGCAGCAGCAGCAGAGCCGAUGCUGAGCAGAUGAUGAAAGCUGCUGGUUCAACCCCUUCUAUGUCGCCCACAUGCAGAGGACCCUGCUGCACCCCAUGGACCCCGUGGGAUUAUUCUGUGGUUCUGCUUCUUUGGGAGUUUGGACCUUUUGAAGGUUGAUGUUUCUGAAUGUCAGUCUGAUCCGCUGGUGGAGAAAUGUGGAAGUUGAAAGCGUUUUGUUUGGAUUACUGGCAGUUCCUGUGUCUCCAUCCUCUGCAUGCUUUCUAUAAAAGUGUGGAAGGUGAUGCUCCUGACAGUGCGGUGGGCGUCUCUGUGGAUCCCAGUGGCAGCUAUGGUUGCAGGCCAGUGACCCACGGCUCAGGCCUCGGCCUGGACCAGCUGGACAGCCAGUUCUACGGACACAUCUUUCUGCCGAGCCAACUGCGACCCCGCCGAUCAAAGCUUCCGCAUUCCCAAUCCAUCCUCCGCAAGCAGGCAGAGGAGGAGGCCAUCAAGCGCUCGCGCUCACUGUCAGAGAGCUAUGAGCUGUCAUCAGACCUGCAGGACAAACAGGUGGAGAUGCUAGAACGCAAAUAUGGUGGGCGUUUCAUAACCAGGCAUGCGGCACGCACCAUCCAGACUGCCUUCCGCCAGUACCAGAUGAAUAAGAACUUUGAGCGUCUCAGGAGUUCUAUGUCUGAAAAUCGGAUGUCCAGGCGGAUUGUUCUGUCCAACAUGAGAAUGCAGCUGUCCUUUGAAGGACCCGAAAAAGUCCACAGCUCCUACUUCGAGGGAAAGCAGGUCUCUUUAUCAGAUGAUGGCACUAAAAUAGGUGCCCUGGUUCAAUCUGAACGUGGCGGAGAAAGAGGCAUCCAAACAACGGCACCAAGAGCACAGAGCGACUUCACAGACGCCAUCACAGAGCUGGAGGAUGCCUUCUCCAGGCAGGUCAAGUCUCUGGCAGAGUCCAUCGAUGAUGCACUGAACUGCCGCAGCCUGCAUGGAGAAGACAGGCCACUGGAGCAAGGAAGAGGCAGAGAAUUCAGUGGCCAAGUCCCAUCUCCAGACCAACGUAAACAAGACGAGAUGACAGCCUCCUAUAGCGACGUCACCCUCUACAUUGAUGAAGAAGAACUGUCCCCCCCUCUGCCCAUGUCUCGGUCCGUAGGCAGACCCUCCAGUGCAGAGUCCGACCUGCGGCAGCGCUCCCCCAGCUCCCCACAGGACUACUGGUCAUUGGCUCACAAGGAUGGCAAAGGGGACACAGACACCAACUGUCGCAGCACACCCUCUCUGGAACGCCAAGAGCAGCGUCAGCGCGUCGACCACCUGCCCCUACUGACCAUAGAGCCUCCCAGCGACAGUUCGGUGGAACUGAGCGAUCGCUCAGACCGCAGCUCUUUGAAGAGGCAGAGCGUCUAUGAUCGGAGGCCCGGCAACCAGCAGGUCAGCCCCAAACACGGCGGCCACGGCCCACCUCCCAGGGACCCCUCCAGGGAAGACGAUGUCUCCCGGCACUGGCCCCGACAGCUCGAGGCUCACCUGGCUAUCAACGGCACAGCCAACCGCCACAGCAAGUCCGAGUCUGAUUUCUCUGAUGGCGACAACGACAGCAUAAACAGCACGUCCAACUCCAACGAUACCAUCAACUGCAGCUCCGAGUCGUCGUCAAGGGACAGCCUGAGGGAGCAGACACUCAGCAAGCAGACGUACCAGAAGGAGACCCGGAACAGCUGGGACUCCCCUGCCUUCAGCAAUGACAUCAUCCGUAAAAGACACUAUCGUAUCGGCCUGAAUCUCUUCAACAAGAAACCAGAGAAGGGGAUCCAGUACCUGAUGGAGCGGAGCUUUGUCCCGGACACCCCAGUGGGAGUCGGCCACUUCCUCCUACAGAGGAAAGGUCUCAGUCGGCAGAUGAUCGGAGAGUUCCUUGGUAACCGGCAGAAGCAAUUCAACCGAGAUGUUCUUGACUGUGUAGUGGAUGAGAUGGACUUCUCUGGAAUGGAGCUGGACGAAGGGUUGCGGAGAUUCCAGGCGCAUAUCAGAGUUCAGGGAGAAGCUCAGAAGGUGGAGCGCCUGAUUGAGGCCUACAGCCAGCGCUACUGCAUUUGCAAUCCUGGAGUGGUCCGUCAGUUCAGGAACCCAGACACCAUAUUCAUUCUGGCUUUCGCCAUCAUCCUCCUCAACACUGAUAUGUACAGCCCCAAUGUGAAGCCGGAGAGGAAGAUGAAGCUGGAGGACUUUGUUAAGAAUCUUAGAGGCGUUGACGAUGGGGAAGAUAUACCCCGAGAGAUGCUAGUAGGGAUCUAUGAGCGGAUCCGUAAACGUGAGCUCAGGACUAAUGAAGAUCAUGUCUCCCAGGUCCAGAAGGUGGAAAAGCUGAUUGUUGGGAAAAAACCAAUCGGCUCCCUACACCAAGGUUUGGGCUGUGUGCUUUCACUGCCCCACCGCAGGCUGGUCUGUUACUGCAGGCUGUUUGAAGUACCAGAUCCCAACAAACCCCAGAAGCUGGGCGUCCACCAGAGGGAGAUCUUCCUCUUCAAUGACCUGCUAGUGGUCACCAAGAUCUUUCAGAAGAAGAAGAACUCAGUGACUUACAGCUUUCGGCAGUCCUUCUCGCUCUACGGCAUGCAGCUGCUGCUGUUUGAGAACCAGUAUUAUCCAAACGGCGUUCGCCUGACUUCCGCAAUUCCUGGAUCAGACAUCAAGGUCCUCAUCAACUUCAACGCCCCCAAUCCUCAGGAUCGCAAGAAAUUUACUGAUGAUUUACGAGAAUCUAUUGCUGAAGUUCAAGAGAUGGAGAAAUGCCGCAUAGAGUCUGAACUGGAAAAGCAGAAGGGUUUGGUGAGGCCCAGCAUGUAUCAGUGUUCCGGGUUAAAAUCUGAGGCUGGAAACGGUAACCUGAGCCGAGCCAGCCUGGAUGACAGCUAUGCCAUCAGUGAGGGUCUGAAGAGGAGCGCGCUCAGCAGUUCCUUGCGGGAUCUCUCGGAUGCAGGAAAGCGUGGGAGACGCAGCAGUGCAGGAUCACUAGACAGCAACCUGGAAGGCUCCAUCAUUAGCAGUCCUCACAGGAGGACCCCCUCUGGGAGGGACUGCCCAUCACGCCACAGUGGAUAUUCCCUGCCCAGCUCCUCCUCACUGAUGGGCUCUCUGUUUGGCACCAGAAGACUCAAGUCUCCAAGCCCCACUCCCCAGCUUCCUCAUCCCACCCUCAUCGCCCACAACCCUCAUCCCCCCAACCUGCACCAAACAUCCCGGGAGGAGACAGACACACCGAUCCCCUUGCAUUCAUCCCAUGCCCAGUUCUGCCACAUGAGCCAGAACCCCCCGCCUUACCACCACCACCAUCACUACCACCCACCACCCCACCUGCAGCACGCGCCCAACCAGUUCCACCCAGCUCCAGCUCACAGCCAGCAGCCACCCUACCAGCCACAGCACAACCUGGGGGGGGGCCCUGCCCAGAGCCCCCACCUCCAUGGCCCCUCGCCACCACUGUCCCAGGUGUCUGGGAGCACAAAGCCCAAGCACAGCGGCAUCAGUACCGUGGUUUGAACUGGAACCUGAUCAGAUCUUUUCACUGUGCAUCUCUGACCUGCAGAUGUGAACCUAGACUGGAACCAGACUGGAGUCAGACUGGAGUUAGACUGGAGUCAAACUGGAGACAGACUGGAGUCAAACUGGAGUCAGACUGGAAUCAGACUGGAGACAGACUGGAGACAGACUGGAGUCAGACUGGAGUCAGACUGGAGACAGACUGGAGUCAGACUGGAGACAGACUGGAAUCAGACUGGAGACAGACUGGAGACAGACUGGAGUCAAACUGGAGUCAGACUGGAAUCAGACUGGAGUCAGACUGGAGACAGACUGGAGUCAAACUGGAGUCAGACUGGAGUCAGACUGGAGUCAAACUGGAGACAGACUGGAGUCAGACUGGAGUCAGACUGGAGACAGACUGGAGUCAAACUGGAGUCAGACUGGAGUCAGACUGGAGACAGACUGGAGUCAGACUGGAAUCAGACUGGAGUCAGACUGGAAUCAGACUGGAGACAGACUGGAGACAGACUGGAGUCAGACUGGAGUCAGACUGGAGACAGACUGGAGUCAGACUGGAGACAGACUGGAAUCAGACUGGAGACAGACUGGAGACAGACUGGAGUCAAACUGGAGUCAGACUGGAAUCAGACUGGAGUCAGACUGGAGACAGACUGGAGUCAAACUGGAGUCAGACUGGAGUCAGACUGGAGUCAGACUGGAGACAGACUGGAGUCAGACUGGAGACAGACUGGAG